AUGGAUGGGCCGUCUUGGCUCUCCUUCCAAUCUCUCGGGAUCAGCAAGUCAGCACUUUUUCUGCUUUCUUUGCCCUCCCUCGCAGGCGUUACCAUCCUCUGUCCGCACUGUUUCCAGACUCACUGUAACGUCAACCCUGACAGACUCGUACUAGGCCCCGAUUCGUCCGUCAGACCGGCUGACUGUGACAUCAACGAAGAGGUGGGCAGCGACCGUUCGCUCGGAAGCGAGAAGAUGCGCCCCAUCCUCGAGGUCGCCAAUAGCGCCCGAGUGGUCUGGCAUUCGCGGCUGUCCGCCGAGAAGGGUACCGGCCUCCUGCGGCCCGAGGCGUCUCGUACCGCCUGCGUGAAGCACCGCUUCGUCGGCUCCGACGCCCACCAGCCGGACUCGACGGAGCCAGGUCGUCUCGGCCGGUUCGACGCCGUCUCGAUGGCGCCGAGUCGAGGCCAACUGACUGGCGCACUCUUCGAGCGUCCCGACGUCCGGACGUCAAAGAGGUCGGCACCAACUUGCAUUUUGUCACAACCCACGAUUGUCACCACCUUCGAGACGAGUCCUCGAAACGGCUUCAAAGACGGCCCUGUCCCGAGCUGUGCAGGCGCAGUCGGCUCGACCGCCGGCCUACUCCCUCUGUCGCCCUCCUCCAGCUGUUCUUCGCCCGGAUACCGUUGGCCGGGCUAUCCGGAAUUCAGCAAUCCCACAUCAUUCCAGCCCAUUCAUUCGAAGCCGGCCUCGUCUCUACUGACCGUCGGCCUUCAUCGCCACCAGUCACCGCCAACGAUACAGCCGAGUCCCAACGGGCAGCUCAACCUGUGGGCUUCUGUCUCCGAAGCCGAGUCGACGGUGAGCUUGCACCAUCUAUUGCAAUUGCACCCUGAACUUGGUAGAUUUUUACAACUUUCCUCAUCAAAUAGACAAAUAAAGUAG